AUGCAGAAGUGGUUCCGUUGGCCUGUCAGCAUGUUCAUCUUCGUCAUCGUGGGCCUCUUCAUCGUCCCCAACGUUUCGCCCGUCACCCACUUGGCGUUCACCUCCGCCUCGGACAACGUCGAACAUCCGGCCAACGCUCGCCCUCAUCUUCCCUCAUCGGCCCAAAGGUCCGGCCCGUACGCAACCUUCUUCGACAAGAAUGACAACCUCCUGAUAGGCGCCAUCCAGCCGAACGACGCUCAUCCGCCGAUUCCGAAUGAGCGAAUAUGUACGAACCGCCACGGAACGGCCUCUACGCCGCUGACGCUGAUUCACGGGAUGUUGAACGACACCUCGUCGAGUGACGGGCCCUUUUCCAGCUGGGCUGCUAUCGGUACUGCCGCCUUCCUGCUCCUCGGUGUGCUCGGCGUGGUUCUACUUGUGCGCCUGUUGACACGCAAUUCCGACCUUGAGGGAAUCAUUGCAGACUCCGGCUCGACCAUCUUCCUCGUUGUGUUGCACAACUGCACCGGUGUGGUCCACGGAAACCACGUCACCGGGCCCGGCUUUAAACGGAUCGACCAACGACGCCAAGGCCUGCUCGCCUCGUCGCUCCACCGCCACUCCAACUACUGCAAAGGCCACAUCACGGUCUGGUACUUCAAACGGAUCGACCAAAGACGCCAAUGCCUGCUCGCCUCGUCGCUCCACCGCCACUCCAACUACUGCAAAGGCCACAUCACGGUCUGGUACUUCAAACGGAUCGACCAAAGACGCCAAUGCCUGCUCGCCUCGUCGCUCCACCGCCACUCCAACUACUGCAAAGGCCACAUCACGGUCUGGUACUUCAAACGGAUCGACCAAAGACGCCAAUGCCUGCUCGCCUCGUCGCUCCACCGCCACUCCAACUACUGCAAAGGCCACAUCACGGUCUGGUACUUCAAACGGGUCGGGACGAAAAUCAAAGGGCACGAAGACGCGCAAGGUGCACAAUGCUAUUUUUGUUAUGAGCCGAAGAAAGACACGAAGGGCGGAAUGGCUUUAUGCGGAGCCUGCAGCACGCGAGUAUCGGCCUGGGUACGUUGCCCUGAUGCCAUAUGCGUGGACCAAUCAGGGUGUUUUCUGCUCCCACGAUUGCGGAGUGAUGAGGUUUUUGCGGAGUCUCCCAACUUCCACCGAACCCUGGUGAUUAUCGCCAGUAGAUGCCAGAUGUGUUGGAUAUCGUUAGCCAGCCCGGCCCAGAUGAAAAAGCUGAUGGAGUACAAGGCCGAAUACGAGCUGCGAAAGGCCCAAAAGGAAGCGAAGAAGGUGCCGGGCAAUGUUGAAGACAAGAAGAAGAAGCGCCGU